AGUCUUUGUGAUAAUCUUCUUCAGCAGUCCCCACCCUUGUUUGCUGAAGACUUUCACCAAAGCUGCUGUGAGCUGUUGGCAUCAUCCUGAGAAAAAGACAGCUUCAAAAAUCAGGGAAACAUUCAGGAAACCUUUGGCCCAGCAGAUCUUCCAAAGCCCACAGAGCAAUACUGAGAAGACAUUUGGUUUUAAGUAUUAAAAAGAAGAACAAGGUGUUCAGACCUUCAAAGUUUCCUGCAUGAAAAUUAUUUAGACAUUGCACACACAUCUUUUGUGAGAGAAGAAAAGGAAAUUCAGCUUGUGGGUCUCAGCAGGAGUUAAGCUAAUGCAGCUGGAAAUAAUGCCGAAAAAGAAGCGCUUAUCUGCAGGCAGAGUGCCCCUGAUUCUCUUCCUGUGCCAGAUGAUUAGUGCACUGGAUGUGCCUCUCGAUUCAAAACUUCUUGAAGACUUGGUACAACCUCCAACCAUCACUCAACAGUCUCCAAAAGAUUACAUUGUUGACCCUCGAGAGAAUAUUGUAAUCCAAUGUGAGGCCAAAGGGAAGCCUCCGCCCAGCUUCUCCUGGACCCGAAAUGGGACUCAUUUUGACAUAGAUAAAGACCCUCUCGUCACCAUGAAGGCUGGCUCGGGAACCCUCAUAAUUAACAUUAUGAGCGAAGGGAAAGCAGAGACCUACGAAGGAGUCUAUCAGUGCACAGCCAGGAAUGAACGUGGAGCUGCAAUUUCUAACAACAUUGUUGUUCGUCCGUCCAGGUCACCAUUGUGGACCAAAGAAAAACUUGAACCAAUCACACUUCGAAGUGGCCAGUCUUUGGUACUUCCCUGCAGACCUCCAGUUGGAUUACCACCAGCUAUAAUAUUCUGGAUGGAUAAUUCCUUUCAAAGACUUCCACAGAGUGAGAGGGUUUCCCAGGGUCUGAAUGGAGACCUUUAUUUUUCCAAUGUUCUCCCAGAGGAUUCCCGCGAAGACUAUAUCUGUUACGCCAGAUUUAACCACACUCAAACCAUACAGCAAAAACAACCUAUUUCUCUGAAGGUGAUUUUAGUGGAUGAAUUGAAUGACACUAUAGCUGCUAAUUUGAGUGACACUGAGGUUUAUGGUGCUAAAUCAAGUAGAGAGAGGCCACCAACAUUUUUAACUCCACAAGGCAAUGCAAGUAACAAAGAGGAAUUAAGAGGGAAUGUUCUUUCCUUAGAGUGCAUUGCAGAAGGACUGCCUACCCCAAUUAUUUACUGGAUAAAAGAAGAUGGAACACUACCCAUCAACCGGACAUUUUAUAGGAACUUUCAGAAAACUCUGCAGAUCACUCAGGUUUCAGAAGCAGACUCGGGGAAGUACCAGUGUAUAGCCAAAAAUGCAUUAGGAGUCAUCCAUCACACCAUUUCUGUCACAGUGAAAGCGGCUCCAUACUGGAUCAUGGCACCUCAAAAUCUUGUGCUGUCCCCAGGAGAGGACGGGGCCCUGAUCUGCAGAGCUAACGGCAACCCCAAACCCAGAAUUAGCUGGUUGUCGAAUGGAGUCCCAAUAGAAAUUGCCCCUGAUGACCCCAGCAGAAAAAUAAAUGGAGAUACCGUUAUUUUUUCAAAUGUUCAAGAAAGAUCCAGUGCCGUGUAUCAAUGCAAUGCCUCUAAUGAAUAUGGAUAUUUGCUGGGAAAUGCAUUUGUAAAUGUGCUGGCUGAGCCACCACGCAUCCUUACAUCUGAAAACACACUCUAUCAGGUCAUUGCAAACAGGCCCGCUCUACUAGACUGUGCCUUCUUUGGGUCUCCUCUGCCUACCAUUGAGUGGUUCAAAGGAACUAAAGGUAGUGCUCUUCGUGAAGACACUUACGUUUUACAUGAAAAUGGAACUUUGGAAAUUCCUGUGGCCCAAAAGGACAGCACAGGAACUUAUACAUGUGUUGCAAGGAAUAAGUUAGGAAUGGCAAAGAAUGAAGUUCGCUUAGAAAUCAAAGAUCCAACAAGGAUCAUUAAACAGCCCAAAUAUGCAGUUGUGCAAAGAGGGAGCACAGUGUCCUUUGAAUGCAAAGUGAAACACGAUCACACCUUGAUCCCUACUGUCAUCUGGCUGAAGGACAACGGUGAGCUGCCCAGUGACGGAAGGUUCACUGUUGACAAGGACCAGUUGGUGGUAACCGAUGUCAGUGACAACGAUGGUGGGACCUACACAUGUUUGGCCAACACAACGCUGGACAACGUUUCCGCCAGUGCCGUGCUGAGCGUUGUCGCUCCUACUCCAACUCCAGCUCCCAUUUACGAUGUCCCAAAUCCUCCCUUUGAUUUAGAAUUGACAGAUCAACUCGACAAAAGUGUUCAGCUGUCAUGGACCCCAGGCGAUGACAACAACAGCCCUAUUACAAAAUUCAUCAUUGAAUAUGAAGACGCAAUGCACGAGGCGGGGCUGUGGCACCACCAAACGGAAGUCCCGGGGACGCAGACCACAGCCCAGCUGAAGCUGUCUCCAUACGUGAACUACUCCUUCCGAGUGAUGGCAGAGAACAGCCUGGGGAGGAGCUUGCCCAGCGAGGCGUCUGAACAGUAUUUGACCAAAGCUGCAGAACCAGAUAAAAAUCCCAUGACUGUGGAAGGACUAGGAUCAGAGCCCGAUAAUUUGGUGAUUACGUGGCAGCCCUUGAAUGGUUUCGAAGCAAAUGGGCCAGGCCUUCAGUACAAAGUGAGCUGGCGCCAGAAAGAUGGUGAUGAUGAAUGGACGUCUGUGGUGGUAGCAAAUGUAUCCAAAUAUAUUGUCUCGGGCACGCCAACCUUUGUUCCGUACCUGAUCAAAGUCCAGGCUCUGAACGACGUGGGGUUUGCUCCAGAGCCAGCUGUCGUUAUGGGACAUUCUGGAGAAGACCGUAAGUGGCUGACACUGUUUUCUCCUGGGAACGUGCAUGUGACCGUGGUGAACAGUACCUUAGCUGAGGUGCACUGGGACCCGGUGCCUCUGAAAAGUGUGCGAGGACACCUGCAAGGCUAUCGGAUUUACUACUGGACGGACCAGAAUUCAUCAAAAAGAAACAGACGCCACAUUGAGAAAAAGAUCCUCACUUUCCAGGGCAGCAAGACCCACGGCAUGUUGCCGGGGCUGGAGCCCUUCAGCCACUACACACUGAACGUCCGCGUGGUCAAUGGGAAGGGGGAGGGCCCUGCCAGCCCCGACAGAGUCUUUCAUACGCCGGAAGGAGUUCCCAGUGCCCCGUCCUCCUUGAAGAUUGUUAACCCAACGCUAGACUCUCUCACUUUGGAAUGGGAUCCACCAAGCCACCCGAAUGGCAUUUUGACUGAGUACACCUUAAAAUACCAGCCAAUUAACAGCACCCAUGAAUUAGGCCCACUGGUAGAUUUGAAAAUUCCUGCCAACAAGACACGCUGGACUUUAAAAAAUUUAAAUUUCAGCACUCGGUAUAAGUUUUAUUUCUAUGCACAAACAUCAGCAGGAUCAGGAAGUCAAAUCACAGAGGAAGCUGUAACAACAGUGGAUGAAGCUGGUAUUCUUCCACCUGAUGUAGGUGCAGGCAAAGCAAUGGCAAGCCGACAGGUGGACAUUGCGACUCAAGGCUGGUUCAUUGGUCUCAUGUGUGCUGUCGCUCUCCUUAUCUUAAUUUUGUUGAUCGUUUGCUUCAUCAGAAGAAACAAGGGUGGUAAAUAUCCAGUUAAAGAAAAAGAAGACGCCCACCCUGAUCCCGAAAUCCAGCCCAUGAAGGAAGACGAUGGCACUUUUGGGGAAUACAGUGAUGCAGAAGACCACAAGCCUUUGAAAAAAGGCAGCCGAACACCUUCAGACAGGACUGUGAAGAAAGAGGACAGUGAUGAUAGCCUUGUUGACUAUGGAGAGGGAGUGAAUGGCCAGUUCAAUGAGGAUGGCUCCUUUAUUGGACAAUACAGUGGUAAGAAAGAGAAAGAGCCAGCUGAAGGAAACGAAAGCUCAGAGGCACCUUCUCCGGUCAACGCCAUGAAUUCCUUUGUUUAAUUUGUAAGCUCUUUGCCAAUAUCCCAUUCCUCUUAGAAGGUUUAUCUUAAGCACUUGUCAGUCAGCCUUCUCAUACUGUGAACAUAGAGGCAGAAAGUACACAUUCUACUGUAUGUUAGCGCUAUGAGAACAGUUAGAGCAAGAACAUAACUCAGUCAAAUGAUACGUGAAUGUGAACUGCAGUGCAAAGGGCAUACUUUUUCAUUCAAAAUCGGCAUUCUUGAUUUUCUCAGAACUGAGAAAAAUAAUACGCAGAUCAUGUUGUUCCCUCUUCAGGAUACAGUUCAAUAUGAUGCAUGAAAAAUGCUGCACAGAUAAAGGACAGACCGGUGUGUGCUAUGAAAACCUGGUUUGAUGCUUUGUUUAUACUGCUCUCAGCUGAACCCCCUAAAUAUGAAUUCCGUUUUCAUUGUCAAGAGUGUUACUGUAGUAUUCUCUAGAGCUUCAAUGUCUUUGUGGACAUUGUGGUGAAAUUGGUGACUCCGUGUCUAGCUGUUAGUCUUUUCGGGAGACUGUUAGGAACAGGAUGUACAGUGUAUACUUGCUAAAUGAGUUAAUCACGGCCGUCGCAUUUGCUGAUGCUUACUGAGACUCUGUUACCUGCUCUUUGCUCUUGUUACCUCGUAGCCUUCUUAAUCUUCCAGGUAUUACAGCAGUACAGUGUUCUACUUUUUACGUCAUCUCUAUGUUCGGUUGUUUUUAGGCAUAAACAAGGUGUGUUGCCAUGCAUUUUGGCAUUAGUGCCAGACAAAAAGAAUGACAGACGAAUCACUCCCAUUCAAUUUCAAAACGUUUUCCAGAAAGCACAGGGCAAGACACGUGCAGUGCCUUCAGACAAGCAUUCCAUAACACGUGGCCUUCUGCAUCGAAGGUACAGUUGACUCAGAGUCCUAGAUUACUGUCAUGGUCUAAAAGUAACUUUUAAACAGCGGAGAUCAUGAGAACUUGCAAUGCUGGAAAAAAAGGAAAUGUGAAAAAUAAAAUUAGUAAGACAACUUAUUUUAGGGAGCAUUUCCCCAUCACAUAAAAAGAGAAACGUUAUCACCAACUGGAUACAUGAUGAUUUGGGGGGGAGAAGGGGUCUUUUAUAGUUUCUACUAAAACAAGUCCCACUCAGUAAGAAAGAUGUCAACUUGGUGUAAAUUUUUAAAAAACCACAAGUUAUUCCAAAACUAAAAGCAUACAACAGCAUGCCACCAGGAAUAUAUUCUUCUUUAAGUCUUUACCUAUGUGGCAACUUUUGAAACUCUCUGCAUUAAAAGACCUGUAUGCAAACUGCUGUGGACACAUUUCAGAAUCUACAAAACCGGGUAAGUGCUAACAAGACCCAGAGUCAAGCGGAUUACUAUCUGCAGCUUCAAAACACCCAUAUCUAUGCUACCGUAUUUAUAAACAAUAUCUAUCAAAUGGUUUGCCUCCACAUAGGAAAUUCUAUAACAACCUAUGGUUGAAGGAAUGCUCAGUUUCAUUUGCCAAUAAAUUGGUUUCUCAUAACUUGCAUCAAGUUUAAUUUUAAGUAAAGCUUUUUAUAUGUAGAUAUUUUGUUGAAUUUGUACAUACACUUAAAAUGUAGAUGCUAUAUGCUUAUAGGUGUCACAUACAAAUAAACAUGCAAACAGUGUUUAUGUUGUACUGUAUAAGAAGUUAGCUAAUUAAUACAGUGCAUGGGAUCGGAAAGCAUUUCAAUACCUUUGGGUUUUUAGCUUCCUCUUUUGCUGUGAAACUGAACUAGUGGACUAUCCUACACAUGGACAGCAAGUUUCUAGAUGAACUCCUCCGAGCUUUGCCUGUGGGGCUCAGUAACCUAGUCACAUGGCAUUUUUGAUACAUGUGGGUAAAGCACAGUUUGAAGCAAUCCCAGGUAAAGAUGGCCCUAAAUGCUUGUGUGUCUCCUCCUCUGCUUCUCACAGACCAGCCUUUCUAAUGGAGCCAGGCUUGCCUUGGUAUCAGAGAGCACAGAGAUAAAAGUUACUUUAAAUUUGCCAGUGUUUGGGGGAAACAGUAAGAGUACAGGUUUUACUCUUCCCUAAUGGUAGAUGCUAAAUUUAUCUGUGCAUGAAGGGGUCACUUCUGUAAUAGUGCAACAGAUUUUGUAUUAAAAGUUAAAUGUGGUUUUAAAA